UCGCUACUGGCAGCAGCAGGAGCCUGCUAGGCAUACGCACCGCACGGGACGAAGGAAGCGGCACGCUGUCUACAAUGGUUGCCGUCGCCGCUGCGGCGUUGCUUUGCGCGCAGCAGGAGCUGCAGCCGCGGUGGGAGGAGGAUUGCGUGUGUCUAUGUAAGGGCAAGACUAGCGCUACGGACAGCCUCGAGGACUACGCCAGGAGACUGCAGAGGCUGCGCUCGCUGCGGGACAUCUUCGAAGAGUACGCCACGGUUGACGCGGACGACGUGGGAAAGCUCAUGACUUGCGGGGACUUUCUUAGGGCGAUGCUGUGCUACAAGUACGUCCGAGUGGACGCCAAGGAGCUGAAGCGCCGCUGCGCCCGUUACAUCAACCCUCUCCUUGGUGACGACCACAGCCUCAUCUCCUUCGACGAGUUCUGCUUUCUGCUGAACCUUUUGAGCAUCCCCGCGGGCCUGCUGGACGUGGCCUUUGCGGCUGCCGACGCCGACGGCAGCGGCACCAUCGACAUGCACGAACUGGAACGGCUGGUCAAGGGACGGACCGCCAGCUGGUGUCGCGUUGGGGGCAGGGGAUGGCCGAGAGGGGUG